AUGAAGGAUGCUGGAGGAAAUUGGCUCCAAGACGCGCACACGCCCAACUCACACCCAGACAACCCGUGGAGCGUCUGGGAACCGCGCGGAGGAGCCGACCCGCGGCGAUGGGGGGCUGCCGGCACCUGGACGGGGCUGCUGGUGCUGCAGCUGUUCUUGGUGCUGAAGCUGGCGCUGCCCCGGACCCGAGGCCACCUGCCCCCCGGGCCCACGGCGCUGCCGCUGCUGGUGAAACUCCUGCAGCUCCGGCCCGGGGCGCUGUACUCGGGGCUCUUGCGGGUGAGGGGCCGCGGGGACGCCCUGGGUCGCUGGCAGGAGGGGGAGGCUUGGCUGGAGGGUUUCAGGGGAGGUCAGGCUGAGGAGUUCAGUGGACGGGGGAUGUUGGUGACGCUGGACGGGACCUUUGACAGUUAUGGAGAUCUCGCCUUCUGCACAGGGGUUUUCUUCUUCAACGGGGAACGGUGGCGGCAGCUGCAGAGAUUCACCCUGCUGGCCCUGCGGGACCUGGGCACGGGAAAGCGAGAAAGUGAGGAGCUGAUCCAGGCGGAAGCUCAGGGUCUGGUGGAGACAUUCUGGGGACAGAAGGACGGCCCUUUGCUGGCUCAGGCCACCUCCAACAUCAUCUGCUCCCUCACCUUCGGCCUCCGCUUCCCCUACGACGAUGAGUUCCAGGCCGUGGUCCCGGCGGCUGGUGACACCAUGCUGGGGGUCAGCUCCCCGUGGGGCCGGACCUGUGAGAUGUUCUCCCGGCUCCUGAAGCUGCCAGACCCCCACACACAGCUCCUGGGCCACUUGAGCAUCCUGGCCACCUUCACUGUCCAGCAGGUGCAGUGACACAAGGAGAGCCUGGACACCUCAGCCCCCCCAUGUGACAUUGUGGAUGCCUUCCUGCUGAAGAUGGCAAAGGAGGAGCAGGACCCAAGCACAGAAUUGACUGACAAGAACUUGCUGAUAACAGCCAUUUAUCUGCUGUUCAUCGGGAUGGUCACGGUCAGCACCAUGGUCCGCUACACCCUCUUGCUUCUGCUGAAGUACCCUCAGGUCCAAGAGCUUGUGAGGGAGGAGCUGACCCGGGAGCUGGGGGUCGGCCGCGCACCGGCGGGGGACCGAGCCCACCUCCCCUACACCGACGCCGUUCUGCACGAGGUGCAGCGGCUGCCGGCUCUGGUGCUCAUGGGAGUGCCCCGCGCCCUCUCAAGGAUCACCUGCUUCCGAGGGUGCACCCUGCCCCAGGGCAUUGAGGUCUUCCCCCUCCUCAGCUCUGUCCUGCAUGAUCCUGAGGUCUUCGGUCAGCCAGACGAAUUCAAUCCAGACCGAUUCCUAGAUGCGGGCGGACGGUUCCAGAAGCAGGAGGCAUUCUUGCCCUUCUCCUUAGGUAAGCGUGUCUGCCUCGGAGAGGGCCUGGCUCAGGCAGAACUCUUCCUCCUUCUCACCACCAUCCUGCAGGCCUUCUCCCUGGAGAGACCCUGCCCGCCGGGGGCCCUGAGCAUCCAGCCAGCUGUCAGCGGCUUUUUCAACAUCCCCCCAGCCUUCCAUCUGCAAGUCCAGCCCCACUAA